AUGCUGAAUACCUGUGUAAACACAUCACCUGCUACAAGAAGUUGGCCGCGGGGGCGGGGGCGGGGGCGCGUGGCUUUCCUCGGCCAGGCCGUGACCCGUGCCGCGCUGUGUCCGUGCGCAGUCCGCCGGCCCGAGGUGGAGUGUCUCAUCCGGCUCUUCCACACGCUGGUUCCGGAGGCUGGUGAGCGCCGCGGCGCCACGGGGCUGGACCGCAACGCCUUCCGCAGCGUUCUGCACCUCACCUUUGGCAUGACCGACGACAUGAUCAUGGACCGAGUGUUUCGUGCUUUUGAUAAGGACAAUGAUAGCUGUGUCAGUGUAAAGGAAUGGGUGGAAGGCUUAUCAAUUUUUCUUCGGGGGACAUUAGAAGAAAAGAUGAAAUAUUGUUUUGAGGUUUAUGACCUGAAUGGUGAUGGAUACAUAUCACGAGAGGAGAUGUUCCAUAUGCUGAAGAACAGCCUCCUAAAACAACCAACAGAAGAAGAUCCUGAUGAGGGAAUUAAAGACCUGGUAGAAAUAACACUGAAAAAAAUGGACUAUGACCAUGAUGGCAAACUUUCUUACGCUGAUUUUGAAAAAGCUGUAAGAGAUGAAAAUCUUCUUUUAGAAGCAUUUGGACCGUGUUUGCCAGAUAUAAAGAGCAGCAUGGCAUUCGAAAUGCAAGCUUUCCAAGAAACUCAUGAUCUGUAGCGCUAUAACUAGAUUUCUGCUGUUAACUGAUUCAGAAAAUCUGUUUUUCUU